AUGUCAAGCUGCCUAGCACGCUCUUUUUCUACUGCCAGGAUUACAUUAUCAAGGGCGGCAUCGCAUCGUGUGCUGAUCCCUCCGACAUCUCACUUUAAUAACAGUGCUUCACACUCUAUUGCCACCAAUAUUCCAAGACACGAAUAUAAGCAAUUACCAGAAAACUCGAAUUAUAUUGAGAAGUUUUACGAUGAACUGAGACUGUUUUCAACAGAGUUUUUGGCAAAACAGUUGAAUAAGAGCUAUACAGAUUUUGAAAACGAUCCAGAUGAGCUGGUAUUUCAAGUAGAAAAAUUCAUCGAAUUACAAAUAAUACCAAAACAUUCGGAAUUGAGAGAGUCCUCAACUGUGUCUCCAAUGCAAUCUGUGGAAUGUAAAACUCUAAGUGACCAAAUUGUCAUUCAAAGGUAUCUGGAUUUUGCUCGCGGAGUCAAAAAGACCCUGAUGUUUAAUGGUGGUCAUACCUUCAUCUUUGACGCAAUGCUGCAGGCGAAGGAAGUAUUUGAUAGUUUUCAAACGCAAAAAGCAAUGAAUAAAUAA